AUGGUGAAUAGACAUCGCUAUGUGGCGAAUGGACAUGACGAUAUUGUGCAUGUACAUCACGAUAUGGUGAAUGGACAUGACGAUGUGGUGAAUGAACAUGACAAUAUAGUGAAUGAACAUCACGAUAUAGUGAAUGGACAACACGAUAUGGUGAAUGAACAUGACGAUAUGGUGAAUGGACAUCACGAUAUGGUGAAUGGACAUGACGAUAUAGUGAAUGAACAUCACGAUAUAGUGAAUGGACAACACGAUAUGGUGAAUGAACAUCACGAUAUGGUGAAUGGACAUCGCGAUAUAGUGAAUGGACAUGACGAUAUAGUGAAUGAACAUCAUGAUAUAGUGAAUGGACAUCACGAUAUGGUGAAUGGACAUGACGAUAUGGUGAAUGGACAACACGAUAUGGUGAAUGAACAUGACGAUAUAGUGAAUGGACAUCACGAUAUGGUGAAUGAACAUCACAAUAAGGAGAAUGGACAUGACGAUAUGCGAAUGAACAUCAUGAUAUGGUGA